GCGACAAAACACACAUAGUACACACAGUACGGGUCAAGUUUUAGUUAUUUUCCAAAAUGUGGAAAGUUUUUGCUCUUAUAGUGCACAUUUUGAUGGUCGGAUAUAUAUCGAUGAUAUAUUUCCAAUCAACUGUUCUUAAUGGAAUGCGGCCGCAAGCGACACAUCGGGAAUUGGGUCUGGAGCCACCAGCAGAUCGUCUUGUUGUCUUCAUUACUGAUGGAUUCCGAGCCGAGUCAUUUUUCCGUAGGAACUGCAGUGGCUUGCCAAGCAUACAAAAUAUAUUAUUAAACGAGGGCUUGGCAGGCAUAUCGCGCACCUGUGCUCCCACCCAAUCCCGUCCCGGACAUAUUGCCAUCUUUGGUGGAUUCAAUGAGGAUCCAGCGGCAGCUAUGACCAACUUUCAGAAAAAUCCCUCGAUAUUUGACUCGGUAUUCAAUCGCACAUCCGGUACAUGGGGCUGGGGUGGCAGACCAGUGAUAACAAUUUUCAAAGAUUUGCUAAGUGAAGGCGGUCGAAUUCACUUUGAAAUGUACACCUUGAAUGAAGAAAUGGGCAUUUACGGAGCGGAUAACUGGGUCUUUAACAAGGUACGACAAUUUCUGGCCUCCAAUGACAAUGUUCAGAUGGUAAAGGAGAAGUUGCCAGCAAUGUUCUUGGUCUAUUUGGGUGAUCUUGAUCUCGCCGGUCAUUCGGCAAAACCAAAUACCGAUGAUUAUCUCAAAAUACUCAACAAUACACAAUCCGGCAUUGGCGAAAUGUACGAGCUAUUUGAGAGUACCUUCAAUGACAAGCGAACCGUAUAUCUAAUGACAUCCGAUCAUGGCAUGACCGAUUCGGGUGCUCAUGGAGCCGGCAGCAAGGAUGAGAUUGAAGUGCCCUUCAUCUUUUGGGGCGCUGGAGUCAAUCGUGUGGCCCCUAAUGCGGGAGAAACCUUUGGAGUUGGCAAGGACGGCGUAGAGUUGCCGCUACAUGAGCUAGACCAGGUGCAGUUGGCACCGCUGAUGUCUGCCCUGAUUGGACUACCACCGCCCAUUAACAAUAUGGCCAUGCUGCCGUUGGGUUACAUCAAUGUCAGUGCCGAGUACGAAGCGCAAGCAUUGCAUCUGAAUGGAUUACAAUUGCUGGCCCAGGUGGAACGGAUACAGCAGAUUCAUCAGCGUGAUCGCCUAACCGAUUGGUUGCCCAUCUUUGAGAAACUCGACAGGCGUCGAAUUCAAAACUAUAAGCAUCAGUUCGAGCGCUUGAUGAAAUUGCACUGCAUUCAGGAGGCGAUGCAAUGUAGCCAAGACUUAAUACGUCUGGCUCUGGAUUGUCUGGAGUAUUAUAGAGAUUACUAUCGGAUUCCACUGUCUGCCGCCUGCAUUGCCACAUAUCUGGGCUGGUUCUACUAUUUGCUAGCCAAGCAGGCGCGUCCAACGAAUGCUCCUAAACAGGACUGGCUAUCAAUACCCAUUAUCCUGUUCUUCCUGUUGGAACUGAUGCUGGCCGUAAUGUUCUAUUUGCAUAAGAUACCUUGCUGGACAAGCUUCUACUUGCUGGUACCAUUGCCCGUUUGGAUGGUGGCCUUGCGAGAGCGUGGACUGCAUAGCAAGUGUGUGGAAGCACCUUUCAUGCAGCUGGCAUGGAUUGUGUGCACCGCUGCCCUGCUCAUAUCCACAACCCACUAUCGGGAGCUCGUCUCUCUGGGUUAUGCGGUUGUGGUGUGCGCCAACAAUUGGCGAGCAUUUACAAGGCCCACGAUGAAAUUCUGUCUGUGGAUCGCGCUGGUGACAGUCUUGACUGGCUUUUCGCUUGUGAGACCCGAUCUGGGUUACCAAAACAAAUGCUUGCUCUUUGCAAGCAUGGUACUGACUCUGUUGCGUCCUCUGGUGCUGGGUGAAUCUCACGGCUGGCGAGUGUGGAUCAGCAAUAGCGGUGCCUUGCUGAUUGAAGGAUACAUUGUGCAACGGCUGCUGUCUGAGAAACCUGUCUGCCAGUGGUUACAUGUUGCUGCCUGGUGCUACAUGAUCUAUGCCCUAAUCUCGAUUCCAUAUAGUAGUACGAAAACUCCACGAAAGCGUGUACAGCUGAUUCUCUUCAAUCUGAGCACAAUUUUUACGCUAUUGUGCCUCUCGUAUGAGUCGAUCUUUAUACAAGUGCUCUGCACAGAAUUCCUGCUGGGCAUGGAGGUGCAUGAAGAUACCAAGAAGUUGCAGGAGGAAAGUGACAGUGAUGGUGAUGAGGCGGAUAAGCCAGCCAGGUCAAUAACUUCAGUCCAGCACAUUGUCAGCAGCUAUCGCUAUGCCCUGUUGAUUAUAUUCUACUCAUACUUUUCUAUAAUUGGCACUGGCAAUCUGCCGCAAAUCAAUUCCUUCGAUCCGGAUACGGCACGUGUGUUUGUGAGAGAGCUGUCGCCGAUUUUGAUUGGAUCAUUGAUUGUCCUGAAGCUCUUUAUACCCAACAUCAUCAUCAUGUCCAGCUUGUAUGCGUUUUGUGCAAGUGCCCGGCAAAAUGUGCGUGGUAUCUACAUCUGUCUGUUCCUUAUCUGUGAUGCCAUGUGCCUCUACUUCUUCUUCUUUGUGCGGAAUAGUGGCUCCUGGAGUGGAGUUCGUGAGUCUCUAUCGAAUCUUCUCAUUGUACAUGGUCUUCCCAUCCUGUUGAUUGUCUUCUCGUGGGUCCCUAAACAAUUCCUUAGCGCCAUUCCCUUGACUAUGUUGCCCAUGCUCCGUUGGAAAAGUGAUGUGCGCCUCUCACAACCAGGUCAGAGCCUGGCCUAAAUUCGUCUAUAAAUGGUCAAUUGAAAGGCUUACAAAUUAUUUUUAGUGUAUCAAUGAAAUAAAUUGUUAUUCAAGUUCAAGA